AUGAUGUCCCAACAUUUUUCGAGCAUGUUCGAGCAGAUUGGCAACUUCACAAAGAACAGUCUCGUUAAUAACAACAAGCUGGUGAAAGAGAAAGAGAAUAAAGCUAACGCCAACCACGUCAGCCUGGGUGCUGCGGGAGCGGGAGGCAAUCAGCAGGCGUCUCCACAUAAACAUGGGCAGCCUCCACCACCCCUGAGGAAGCCAUGCAAGCUGAGGAACCUCACAUCGAAGGCAGAAUCAUAUGACACGCUUUACAGCAACAGUACUCUGGUAUUUUGUGUAUUUUACAAGCGUAUAGGUUUCGUCUCAAAGAAAAAAAUCUUCCAGCGUCGAAUGACGCAUGAACGCCCAGGUAGAUACUAA